UAACCAAAAGGACGCAUACCAGUCCUCUCUCUCUCUCUCUCUCUCUCUAUCUCUAGCAAUGAGCUCGUCUUCUCUCUCGUCCCCUUUCUCAGUUCCGCCGCUGGACUCCCGUCCGGCUCCGAAGAACCGGCCUCCCAGCUUCCCUCGCCUCCGCCGUCGCCUCCCCGACCGGAAUGGGCUCCGUCGCGCGGCGCGCACUCUCUGCUCUCGCCGCCGCUCUCGAGCUCCGGCCGGAGCCUCCGCGUCGCGACGCGCUCGAAUCGCUCGGCUGCGCCGCCGUCUUCUCGGCUCUCGGCUUCGCCUUCGCCUUCGCCUCCGUCGCUCUCUCUCUCCCUCCCGUCGCUCUCGCCUCCGAUUCCGGCACUUCCGCCGUAGUUCAGCGAGAGGAAGGCCAAACUCGAGAUGGUGCUGGCGGCGACGAGGAACGAGAGCGUGGAACGAGAGAUGUAGCUGAAGAAGAAGAGGAAGAUAAGGAAUUGGAGGAAGCGUUUGAGAAAUGGAAGUCGAAGUCGUACGCUCUGACCGUUCCGCUGCGGGUCGUCGCUCUUCGCGGCUCCGUGCCUCCUCCUUGGAUUAAGGAAUUUAUGCAGUCCCAAGGGAAGAGAGCGAGGCUACAACUUAAGUUGCGUGAGAGUCUUGACAGCAUAUUUUCGGAUGUAUCAACUGCUUUUGCUAAAGGCAAUGUCAAGCCCACGUCUACUGCUGCAGCUGAUAUUGUCACUGUUGGUGACUCAUGGCUUGAUCUAGCUAUAAAGAAAGGCUUGAUCGAGCCUAUAGAAAGGACAGAAGAGCAGGAUUGGUUUUCUGGCUUAAAUGACAAAUGGAAGGUACAUUUACGCAGGAAUUCUGAGGGGGCAACAGAUACAGGCGGUAAAGUAUGGGCAGCUCCCUAUCGCUGGGGAAGUAUGGUGAUUGCUUACAAAAGCAAAUUCAAAAAGCUUAAUAUGGCUCCGAUAGAGGACUGGGAGGAUUUGUGGAGGCCUGAGCUUGCUGGGAGAAUUUCAAUGGUUGAUAGUCCUAGAGAGGUUAUCGGUGCUGUUCUGAAGUACAUGGGAGCAUCAUACAACACAGAUGACAUUGACUCAAAAGUAGUUGGUGGAAAGAAUGCUGUCAGGCAAAAUCUGGCAUCACUUGUGAAGCAGGUUCGACUCUUUGACAAUACACACUAUUUAAAAGCUUUUGGGGUGGAUGAUGUAUGGGUGGCUGUUGGGUGGAGCAGUGACGUCCUUCCUGUUGCCAUAAAGAUGCGCAAUGUUGCAGUCAUUGUGCCAAAAUCAGGAGCAAGCUUAUGGGCAGAUCUGUGGGCCAUCCCUGCUGCCUCUAAGAUAGGCACCGACCAAAUUGGAGGCCGCAUUAGAGGCCCAUCUCCAUUAAUCCAUCAAUGGAUUGAAUUCUGCUUGCAAUCUGCAAGAGCACUGCCUUUCCAACAGGGAGUACUUCCAGGUGCUGUUCCUCGGGCCCUUGAUAGUCCAAUCAUUGAAAUUCCAAAAGAGCUCAUCAAGGUUAAUAGGCCGAAGCUAGAUACAAACCUUGUGGCUGGAGUACCUCCACCUCACAUACUUGACAGGUGCGAAUUUUUGGAACCACUGCCUGAUGCUACGGUCUCUGAUUAUGAGUGGCUGAUAAGAAGUAUGCAGAAAUCUGGUCCUGGCUUUAUUGAGCGUUUGCAGCUUAAGAUGUCUAUGGUGAUACGGGUUUUUCAGCUCAAGCUACAUGCCAAGAUAAGUUGAGACGAUGCUGAGUCGUAAGAUGCCUAUGUAAUCAGCUAAUAAGUGAAGUAGUUUUCUCUUCCUUCAACUUAAAAGACACGAGCACAAAUUUUGUUUAGAAAGGAGUGGCCUUUGACUUGAAGGCCACUUUAAGGAAAUGGAAGUUGAUUCUCUGAAAAAUGCAAUAGAUAAUCUUAUGUUUAGUCAUAUGCAUAAGAAAAUGCUUCUAUCACGAUUCAAACUUUGUCGACUUACCAAUUAUUAUCUGGGCAAUACCAUGUGUACGGGAUACUGUAAAUGUUAAGAAAUGACAUGUUUAUAAUUGAGCUACUCUCGUAA